GCGGAGGGAAAGUUUUGAAUUUUUCAGAGAAAGUGCAUCUACGUAUCCAGGGAAUUCUAAUAUAACGUUCUAAUAUGUCUUUGCAAAUGCCUUUUUCUGCCUAUUCAAAUGAUAAAAGCUCUAUAAAUGUGGUUGACAAAUCCACCAACCUUGAUACACAACCUCAUGUUUCUAAAGGAAACGAAUCACAUGUCUACAUGGACAAUCUUGCUGUCGUUAGUUUAGACACUCCUAUGGCUCCAUUUGAUAUUUAUACUGAUGCUUCUCAACCUUUUAAUAGAUCAGCUCUAUGUGAUAUUUCAAAUUCUUAUUUGCUUAAUCCUUCUGAGCAUAGCGUCAAGAGAAAGAAAAACUGUGAUGAUGUUGUUUUCCCUGUCAUUGAUUCUAGCCAUGGACAGAAACAGGACAGUAAAAAUUUGGAUCCUGAAACUAUAAUUGCCUUGAAGGAAAUGCUUGAUCAAAACAAUGCACUUGCCAAGAGUUUUCGAUAUGCAAGGGAUCGUUUUAAAGAAGAUAAUCUUGAAGGUGUUAAGAUGAGGCUGAUUCGACGAAGGAACAAGGAUGGAAGAACAUACAAUCUACCAUCUACAUCAGAAGUGGCUGCAUUGGUUGUUGGAGAUAUUGAUGGUUCUAUUGGAGAUAGGGACAUUAUAAUUGAAACACAGUCUAGGUUGCUGCAACGCAUUGAUGUGCACCAUCCUCUUUAUCUUGCUUUGCAAUAUCCUUUAUUGUUUCCUUACGGAGAAGAUGGAUAUAGGAAUGAUGUUAUGCUCAACCUUCUGGCAUCAUCUGAGGGUGGUGGGAGGAAAACAUUGUUUCAACAAUUUAUGGUGGAUGCUUACACAAUGAUUGAAGCUGAGCGACUAAAUUUUUUGAAAUAUAAUCAAACUUUGUUAAGAGCAGAUUUGUAUAGAGGUUUGAAUGAUGCUCUAAGUCGAGGUGAAAAACAAGCAUCUGCCACUGGCAAGCGGAUUGUACUUCCAUCUUCAUUCACUGGAGGUCCUAGGUAUAUGUCUGAGAACUGCAAGGAUGCAUUUGCCAUUUGUCGUUGGGCUAGUUAUCCAAGUUUAUUUAUUACAAUAACUUGCAAUCCUAAAUGGUCGGAAAUAAUGAGAUUUGUUAGUAAAAGAGGCCUUCGACCUGAGGACCGUCCUGACGUACUUUGCAGGAUCUUUAAGAUUAAAUUGGAUCAUUUGCUCAAUGAUUUGAGGAGUGGUCAUAUUUUUGGAAGAGUUUUAGCAUAUACUUGCACAAUUGAAUUUCAGAAACGUGGGCUACCCCAUGCGCAUAUAUUGUUAUGGUUACAUUCAGAUGACAAGCCAAAAUCUGCAGAGGACCUUGAUAAAAUUAUUUCAGCAGAAAUUCCUGACGAAGUACUGGAUCCAGAAUUGUAUGAUGUUGUUAAAGCUUGCAUGAUGCAUGGACCGUGUGGAAGAGCAAAUUCUAAAUCGCCUUGCAUGAAAGGUGGUAAGAAUUGCACAAAACACUUUCCCAGAGGAUUUUGCUCUAGAACCACAAUAGAUGAAGAAGGCUUCCCUCAUUAUAGGAGGAAGGAUAAUGGUAGAACAGUGAAGAAGAAGGGUGUUGAGCUGGAUAAUCGAUAUGUCGUUCCUUAUAAUGCAAAGCUUCUUCUGAAGUACAAAGCUCACAUAAAUGUGGAGUAUACAUGUCAAACCAGUGCUAUUAAGUACCUUUUCAAAUAUAUUCACAAAGGUAACGAUCGGGUAACAGCUGUACUUAGUCAUCCUGGAGGGAGUGGAUCAACUUCUUUAGAUGAAAUCCAGAGAUAUUAUGAUUGUAGGUGAGUGCAUAUCAUUGUUCCCCAAAUGCUUUUUCUUUUUUUCGAUGAUUGUUUUAAUGGUUGUCUAUUAAAAUGAUUUUAAAAUGAUUUAUAUUAGAAUAGUAAAUGGUAGUGUGUAUUCAAACUUCAAGCAUCAGACCAUAUGUAGUGUGAUUGGUCUCCAAAAAGGUAUGUAAUCUUCAUAAUUAAUGAAAUUAUGUCUUGAAA